GGUUUGAUUGACAUUGUUUGAUCAAAUUAAGAUAAAAAAUAACCUCAAAUUUUAAAAAUUUCCUUACUGCUUGGAUUAAAUUUAAUUUUCUGUUUUAUAGUUAAAAAAUUCCCAUAUUCUAUAAUAAUCAUAAAGACACCGCUCUAAAAUCCACUAGAUUUUGCAUAAACAAUGGCGACCCCUGGAGAAAUGAGUGAAGCUGACCAAAUCAAAACCUUCAAAGAUUUCCUUGUACAGUACAACAAGUUAUCAGAGCUGUGUUUCAAUGAUUGUGUACAUGAUUUCACAUCGAGGACACUACGAUCUUCAGAAGAAAAGUGCACAUUAAAUUGCAUGGAAAAAUACUUACGGACAAAUCAGAGAGUUUCACAGAGGUUCCACGAGUUCCAGAUGAUUGCCAAUGAGAAUAUGUUAGCGCUCACGCAAAAAUCUAAUCCGAGCUAAGUUUAAACAAUACCUAUGUGUAUUUAUUUUAUUUGUUAGAGCUGCCAUAUUAUUUUUUGGCAAAUAAAUUGUUGUAUAGAUC